AUGAGAUGUCUGAAACUCCUCUUCUACAUCGGAGAGGUUUCCUCCGAAAGAAACUGCCUUUUCACCGUGUCCCAGAAGCCCAAAGAGGCGUGUGGGAUCAACGCUCGUGACCUACAACGGCGCACAGUAUCUGUGAGAGAGGAAGAUAAUAUGGUUAUCACGGAGGCGAAGAAGAAUAUGUACUCGCCAGAUCUAAAGUCUGGAUGGGGGAUUCAUAUAGUUCAGGAGGAGAAGCUACUCGCUAAGAAGGACGGGCGUGAGAGUUGA